AUGUAUGCUCAUGGUGAUACAAUCAGUAAAUCAGUUGUUAACGAUCGCAUUUGGGAAGAGAAAGAGUUGACACGAAUCUUAAGGAUACUCAUUCGAAAUCCGCGUCUAUCUAUGAUUGAUAUUGGAGCCAAUAUCGGAGGUUAUACAAUGUUUACUGCUGGUGCUCUUGAUCGCUUGACUUUUGCUAUCGAUUGUUACAUUGGUAAUAUUGAACGUAUCGCUCGAGCUGUGCAAAUCGAACAUGUUCAAAAUCGCAUUAUUCUUAUCCACAAUGCUUUAUAUUCAAGCUCGGGAGUAUCUAUGAUCGUGACCAAUGACGAUCCGAGUGGAAUUAGAUUCAUAAAUGAAACUAAAAACACCACUUCAAAUAAUCCUUUCGUUGUUCACACCAUUCGAUUUGAUGAAAUUCUUCCACUGCUAGAAGCACGAGGUGUACGAAGAGCUUUGAUCAAGAUCGAUAUUGAAACUUCUGAAAGUUAUAUGUGUGAAACAGGUUUAAAAGUAUUCGAACGAAUUGAUAUUCCUUUCGUUAUGAUGGAAUGGCAUCAUUGGAGAGUUAAUCAUCAAAAAAGAUAUCAAUUCAUCGUUGACUUCUUUACUCGUCUUAAUUAUGUACCAACUGAUGAAGAAUGUAAAGAUCUUGAAACAGACACAUGGUUAACUAAAUGGUCAGGCAAUGUUUUCUGGAUUAAACGAAUUUAUCGGAACGAAAGUUUCUGCUAA